AUGGCGCUGCCCACCGCUUCCACCAGCCGACUCCGCCUCCCGACCCAGAGCCGCCAAGACACUGUCGCCAUCGAGAUGCACUCGCCGCCCCAGUCGCAUCGGAACGGGCCCGACCCGUGGCGGUCCAACCCGUUUUCGGAUGGCGGCUUCGACGGCCAAGCCGAUGACCGUCCAGGCAACGGGCCGAUCCGUGCCGACGAGGGCGGCUACGACUUUACCUGGCGGGCCGUCCUGGCCGGCCUCGCCAUUGGCUGCCUGCUGGCUUUCACCAACCUCUACCUGGGUCUGCAGUCUGGCUGGGUAUCGCUGAUGAGCCUCCAGUCGGCGCUGCUGGGUUUCGCCAUCUUCAAGGUGCUGCCCAAGCAGCUCUCGCUGGCGGGCAAGCGCUUCUACCUCAUGACGACGCCCUUCACGCCUGCGGAAAACGUGCUGGUGCAGACCACCGCCGCCGCCGUCGGCAUCAUGCCGCUCAGCGCCGGCCUGGUCGGCGUGAUUCCAGCGCUGACCAAGCUCACGCCAGAAAAGGACGGCUCGCCGCCCAUCAUCCUCGGAUGGUGGCCGUUGCUGGGCUGGUGCUUUGCACUCGCCUACUUUGGCGUCUUCUUUGCCAGCCCGCUGCGGGAGCCUAUGAUCAUCCGCGAGAAGCUGGCCUUCCCAAGCGGCACAGCCACGGCCCAGCUCAUCUCAGUGCUCCACAAGGUGCCGCUUGCUGCGGAUCGGCUCAAGACGGCCACGCCAUCGACCAACGGCCUGCGCAGGAGGGACACCGAGAGGGCUCGCACGAGCGACGAAAACACGAGGCUGCUCAGCGGCGACGAGGCCGAUGACGGCGCCGCAUCGACCUCGGAGCAGGACCAGGUGCUGCGCGGCAACGAGGGCUGGAAGGCGCUGAUGUGGUCCUUUUCCGGCUCGGCCACGUUCACGAUCGUCUCGUACUUUGUCCCGGUCCUGUACGCGAUGCCGCUGUUCGACCCUUUGUCGCCCAGCCACGAUCUGGCGGCGACGUGGGGAUGGUGGUUCACGCCCUCGCUCAACUACAUCGGUCAGGGCAUCAUCAUGGGCCUGCCGACCACCGUCAGCAUGACGGCGGGCGCCGUGGUCGGAUGGGCCGUCCUCAGCCCGCUCGCGCACCACUACGGCUGGGCGCCAGGCCACCCGCUCGACAGCGAGGACGGCUCCAAGGGCUGGAUCCUCUGGGUCUCGCUCGCCAUCAUGUGCAGCGAGAGCAUCGUCGGCCUGAUCGCGCUCGUCGGCGCCAACGGCUUGAGCGACCUCAAGCGGUGGAAGUCGAAGCGGGACCGCGGCUCGGCGUCCUACAGCCGGCUCGAUGCCAACGACGGCGGCGACCACAGCGGCGGCGACGACGGCGGACGAGAUCGUCGCGCGGACGGUCACGACGUCGAGCACGAGCCCGCCGACCGUCUGACGCCGGCAUCUUGGGUCGUAUGGGGCCUGGUGGGCUCGACGGCGCUCGCCGUGUGGCUCAUCUGGCUCGCGUUUGGAUCCGAGGGCAUCUCGCCGUGGGCGACGUGCAUCGGCAUCGUCCUCGCCUCGAUCUUUGCCAUCCUCGGCGUACGGGCGCUGGGCGAGACCGACCUCAACCCGGUGAGCGGCAUCGGCAAGAUCAGCCAGCUCAUCUUUGCGUUGGUGCAGCCGGGCAACGUGGUGGCCAACCUGGUUGCUGGAGGCAUCUCCGAGGCCGGCGCGAUGCAGGCGGGCGACCUGAUGCAGGACUACAAGACCGGCCACCUGGUGGGCGCCUCUCCGCGCGCGCAGUUCAAGGGGCAGCUGAUCGGCAGCACGCUGGGCAUCUUCAUCUCCUGCUUCGCCUACAAGCUCUACACGGCCACCUAUGUGAUCCCGGGCCCGCAGUUCCCCGCGCCGACCGCCGCCGUGUGGCUCAACCUGGCCCGACUCGUCAACAACGGCCACCUGCCGCAGCGGGCCGACACGUUCAUGAUCGUGUUUGGCGCCAUCUUUGCCGUCACGGGCCUUUUCAAGACGCUGCUGCGCACCCGCGCCCUGCAGGACGAGCGCAAGGGCCUGCACAGCCCGCCGUCGUCGAGGCUGGCCAAGCUGAUCCCGAGCGGCAUCGCGUUUGCCGUCGGCAUGCUCAAUACGCCCAACUUUUCGCUGGCGCGCCUCGUCGGCGGCAUCGCCGCUCACGUCUACGCCAAAAAGAUGGCCGGGCGGCCGACGGGCCCCAACGGAUCGUCGCCCCUGGCGGGCAUCCUCAUCAUCAUCGUCGCCAGCGGAUUUGUGCUGGGCGAAGGGGCGGCCAGCAUCGUCAGCCUGCUGCUCAAGCAGAACGGCGCCGAGCCCCUCACCUGCUUUGGCUGCCGGGGCGGGUGCUCGGGAGGUUGCUCCUGA